UGAUGCCUUUACUUUCAGUUUCCUUUCUGCUGCAGCCUGUGAUGCUCUCAGCAGUGUGUGUGUGGUGGAUUCCCAGAGAGAGCAGCAGAGGAGCAGAGGCAGGGAAGCAGAGGGGAGUCUGAAGCAGCUGAGACCGUUCUUGCACCUGUGGGAUGGGGGCCAGAUUCUUCUUGCAGAUUCUUCUAGGUUGGCAAGUUGCCAUGAUUGGAUCCCAAAUGAUGGCUCCCAUUUGUCUGGUGGAAAACCAGAAGGAUCGGCUGUAUGUGAACCAGAAAGCCAUAGAGAUUCUGAACAAGACCUCACAGCCAGUAGUAGUUGUGGCUAUUGUUGGAUUAUACCGUACAGGGAAGUCCUACCUGAUGAACCGUCUGUUAGGACAGAAUCAUGGCUUCCCUCUGGGCUUCACUGUGCAGUCUGAAACCAAGGGCAUCUGGAUGUGGUGUGUGCCCCAUCCCACCAAGCCAAAGCACACCCUGGUUCUUCUGGACACCGAGGGCUUGGGUGACGUGGAAAAGGUUGAUCCUAUGAAUGACUCGUGGAUCUUUGCCCUGGCUGUGCUUCUGAGCAGCACCUUUGUCUACAACAGCAUGGGCACGAUCAACCACCAGGCCCUGGAGCAGCUGCAUUACGUCACAGAACUCACUGAGCUGAUCAAGACAAAGUCUUCCCCAAGUACUGAUGGAAUAAAGAAUUCCACAGAGUUUGUGAGUUUCUUCCCAGACUUUGUCUGGACUGUUCGGGAUUUUACCCUGGAGCUGAAGUUAGAUGGAAAGAACAUCACAGAGGACGAGUACCUGGAGAACGCACUGAAGCUGAUCCCAGGCAAUAGUACCAGAAUCCAAGCAUCCAAUCUGCCCAGGGAGUGCAUCAGACGUUUCUUCCCUAAACGGAAGUGUUUUGUCUUUGAUCGGCCAACAAAUGACAAAGAACUGUUAUGCAAGAUUGAGACUAUCUCAGAAGACCAACUGGAUCCUAAGUUCCAGGAACAAAUGAGGGCUUUUGUUUCUUACAUCUUCACCGAGGCAAAGAUCAAGACACUCAGAGAGGGAAUUAAGGUCACUGGGAGUCGACUGGGGACUCUGGUGACGACCUACGUGGAUGCCAUCAACAGUGGAGCUGUGCCCUGUCUGGACGAUGCGGUGACAACUCUGGCCCAGCGUGAGAACUCAGCAGCUGUGCAGAAGGCAGCUGAGCACUACAGUGAGCAGAUGGGCCAGCGACUGAGGCUCCCUACAGACACGCUCCAGGAGCUGCUGGGUGUGCACACAGCCUGUGAGAAGGAAGCCAUUGCUGUCUUCAUGGAGCACUCCUUCAAGGACGAAAACCAGCAAUUCCAGAAGAAGCUGUUGGAAUUAAUAGAUGAGAAGAAAAGGAUGUUCAUAUCGAAGAAUGAAGAAGCAUCAGAUCAAUACUGCCAGGAAGAACUCAAUCGGCUUUCAAAGACUUUUAUAGAAAACAUUCCAACAUUUUUUGUUCCUGGAGGACACAGGCUCUACAUGAAAAUGAGGAAGAAGAUUGAGGAUAACUAUUGGCAGGUGCCCCGAAAAGGGGAGAAGGCAAGUGAAGUCUUCCAGAGAUUUCUGAAGUCACAGGCCACCAUCGAGAGUUCCAUCCUGCAGGCAGAUACAGCCCUCACUGCUGGGGAGAAGGCCAUUGAAGAGGAGCGGGCCCAGAAGGAGGCAGCAGAGAAGGAACAGGAGCUGCUAAGACAGCAGAAGGAGGAGCAGCGGCAACUAAUGGAGGCUCAAGAGAGAAGUCACAAGGAAAACCUCGAACAACUGAGAACGAAGCUGGUGCAGGAGAGAAAGCAGCUCAUUAGAGACCAGGAAAAGAUGCUGGAGAAGCAGCUGCAGGAUCAAAAGGCUUUGCUUGAAGAAGGAUUUAAGAAGAAAUCUGAGGAAAUGAGUGGAGAAAUAGAGCAAUUGAGAUCUAACCUCAAAGAUAUGAAGGAAAACAGUGGUUCCAUUUUAGAGACUAUUCUAAAAGAAUUUGCUAAAGCAAUCUGUGGUCCCUUUUUCUUCAUCAUGGACAUUAUAAAUGACCUUACGUCAUCAUUUAAAUAGGAUUUAUUUAAAUCUUUUUUAAAAAAGUCUUCUUUGGAUGAAAUGAUGAUCCUUAAAUAUAUACUUUGUCUUUCUUUGAA